AUGUCCUCAAAGUUAUUUUCCCGAUCGAAAUUCCCCGCAAGAGGGUCACGGUCGUUUUAUGAACAGCUACGUUCUGGAGAUGAUGACGAAUACGAUCCCGGCAUCGAUGAAGAGAACCUUGGUCAUCAAUUUGAUGACGAUUUUCAUCCCGAAGGACUCGAUAUUGGCGAUAGCCGCAUGACAAUAGAAAGUGCAGCUCUGAACCCAAAGGGCAAAGGAAGGGCUAAGACACUAAGGAAGCAGGCGCAAAGUCCCGGUGGACCCUCGCCGAGAUGGCACCAGCAGGACGACGACGGUGACAACGAGGUGCCGGCAUCGUUACUCAUGGAGCCAAACGAAGUAGUCAACUUACCCCCAACAUCGCCCAGACGAGCAGCCCCAUCCAACAAUCCUCAAAGGCCAGAAGCUGCAGGCCCAUCAUCAGCACAGGCUAGGGCGCAGUGGGAAGCAGCCACAGCUCAGCAACAACUUCAUCAAGAGAAUAGCUUUAUGCGGGAUGUUUACGACUAUUAUGAAGGUGGGGGACUGUGGUGCAUUCUGUGUGCUAACGCUCUCUGGCUCUUGGAGACACUUUUCGUCGCGGUGUUGCUCACCUUCCUUUGUCAAUGCAUUGACUAUUCAAAGAUUCCACACAGCAAAUCCUUACAUGAGGUUGUAGUUCCCCAAUGUACGCGCAAAAUGUCGGGUCUCUGGAACCUGGCGAUUUGGCUUUACACCUUCUUCUUCAUUUGGAAGUGUGUACAAUACUUUGUGGAGAUUCGCCGCCUCCUCUACAUCAGAGACUUCUAUAUUUACUUGCUGGACAUUCCGGAACAAGACAUGCAAACUGUUUCGUGGCAGGAUAUUGUGGUUCGUAUCAUGGCGCUGCGUGAACAGAACCCGAAGACUGCAACAAACAUCACACCGAAACUGAGACAGUUUAUUGGCAGCCAGUCGAAAGAACGGCUUGAUGCACACGAUAUUGCUAAUCGACUCAUGCGCAAAGAGAAUUACCUUAUUGCGAUGAUCAACAAGGAUGUCCUGAACUUGUCUUUGCCAGUUCCGUUUCUUCGCGGCCGCCAGCUAUUUUCCAAGACAAUGGAAUGGUAUCUUCAUUACUGCAUCCUUGAUAUGGCCUUCAACGAGUUGGGCCAAGUUCAGCAGGACUUUUUGCGCCCAGAUCGCAGACGUCUCUUGAGCCAGAAACUGAAGCAGCGGUUGAUGUUCGCGGGGUUUCUAAAUCUUAUCUUCGCGCCUGUUGUGCUUGCCUACGUUAUCAUUGUUUACUUCUUCACUUAUUAUUAUGAGUACACAAAGGAUCCCAAGCAAGCUGCAGCGCGCAAGUACACUUCUCUAGCAGAAUGGAAAUUCCGCGAAUUCAACGAACUGCCACAUAUAUUCUACGAAAGGCUGCACAUGUCUUAUCCAUUCGCCACUCGGUAUAUCGAUCAGUUCCCCAAGAGGAUGACUGAAGAUAUUGCGCGAACCAUCGCCUUCAUGACAGGUGCAAUUACUGCCAUUCUCGCUGUAGGCUCUAUUCUUGACUCGGAGCUUUUUAUUAACUUCGAGAUCACGAAAGACAGACCAGUCCUAUUCUAUCUCGGAAUUUUUGGUGCCAUUUGGGCCAUCACCCGAGGAAUGGUGUCUGAAGAGACAUUGGUGUUCAAUCCCGAAUAUGCCUUGAUGAAUGUGAUUGAGUACACACACUACAUGCCCGAUCACUGGAAGAAUAAGCUCCACAGCUUCGAGGUUAAACAGGAAUUUGCAGAGCUUUACAAGAUGAAAGUGGUCAUUUUCCUUGAGGAGGUGAUGGGCAUAGUGACGACGCCUAUGUUGCUCUUGUUUUCACUGCCCAAGUGUAGUGACCAGAUCGUCGAUUUCUUCCGCGAAUUCACAAUCCACGUUGACGGACUCGGCUAUGUCUGCUCCUUUGCGGUAUUCGACUUUCAGAAAGGACCAGGAAAUACGGGCCAUCAGGGGCAACGGCCGGAUGUUCGUGAGGACUACUACUCAACGAAGCACAACAAGAUGGCCGCAUCCUACUUUGGGUUCCUUGACAACUACGUUACAAACCCCAAGACUGGCAUUCCCGGUCAUACACCGUUUGGAGGAAAACCGGCCUUUCACCCACCUCCAGCUUUCCCAGGGCUUGCCUCUCCAUCAUUAGGAGCAGACAUGCAGGGUUCUCAUAUUGGUCGCGCGGAAACGGGACGUGCCAGAAGUAGAGCCCCCGGUGGGCGAGGUCCACGUACGGGACCAAUGCCACAGCCCUCCCCAAUGGCGUCUAUCCUGUUGGAUCAACAUCAUCAACCUGCUGGGGUGAACAUGGGUGCACGUAGUCUUCAUUGGUCAAGGUAUCCGCGAGGAUUCCGCGGGGAAAGCCAAAUAACUGAAGAAGCUGAAGAUAGCGCCAUGAGGCGAACUGGGGAAGAUGACGAACUGUACGAGCCAGCGGGUGAACUAGGUGAAUCGACCUGGGAAACGUCCCCCGCAAAAGGGGUGACACGGGAGAACAGUGCUGCCAAUACAGACGAUCCUGGUGAAGGGGUACUGGGUAUGAUAUACCAGCUUCAGCAAACGCAGCGAUCCCGGCGCGGUGGGGGCAUGGUCUGA